CGCGUCACGGCGCGCAGCGACAGAUGUUUCAAAAAGCACGUCCUCGCCAAAAGAGCGGAUAAGUGAGUAAGUGUGCGAAAUGUCACACAUAUGUCAUGAACUGACAGCUCCAAGGAGGAAGACGGAUCUUUCUUUGCCAUGUAUUUAUGAGUCAUUGCGAUAUAUCGUCAUAUCUCUAUCCUAGAGAUCAAGGCACACUUAGCUCUUUUACAUGUAUGUGUGAAUGUUUAAUUUGGAACAUAUGUAAUAUUUGCCAUUUCUCGUAUCCGUAUUGUCAAGGUUAUCUUAUCUUUAUAUUCGAUCAUUUCGUUGAUAAGAAUUUUAGGAUAAUGGUAACAAUUGCUUUCGAAAUAUCCGCAAUCAUGAAUCACUGUCUCGUUAAGAAGUGCAUCAGAACGAAUUAUCUUUUUUAUAUGUUAAUGCGUGUUCAGCCUAUAAUAUACAUUCAGAAAUGUCAUGCUCAUAAUAUAGAGAUAAAUUUGAAUAAUGGACCAGUCAGUAUUUUGAAGCAAAAGAUUAUGAGAGGCGAGUUGAUGAAAGAUGCGCACCAAAUGAAAGUGGCACAGAUCUUGCAGGGAGUUUAUCAAGAAGUGCAUAAUUACAAGCCACAACAAUUAAACAUAUUGGAGAAAUGGUUUGGUGGCAAGAAGAAGGACGCGCCAAAAGGCUUGUACAUUUAUGGAGCAGUAGGUGGAGGUAAAACAAUGUUGAUGGACCUAUUUUACAAUUGUUGCCAGAUCGAGAACAAGAAGAGAGUUCACUUUCACUCCUUUAUGCUGGAUGUUCAUAACAGAGUGCACGAGGUGAAAAAGACCAUUGUACGAGAUGUUACCAGCACCAAGUUGCAACCUUUUGAUCCAAUACCUCCGGUCGCGUCCGGUAUUGCCGAGAAGGCUUGGCUGUUAUGUUUCGAUGAAUUUCAGGUGACAGACAUCGCGGAUGCCAUGAUAUUAAAAAGGCUGUUCACGGAACUUUUUGAUAACGGUGUGAUAGUAGUGGCGACUAGUAAUAGGUCGCCGGACAAUCUGUAUAAGAAUGGAUUACAGAGGGGAAACUUCGUGCCGUUUAUUCAAGUGCUGAAGAAUCAUUGCUCUGUCAGUAACUUAGAUUCUGGGAUAGAUUACCGUUUAAAAUCGGGAUCCGGCAACAAGAAAAUAUACUUUAUAAAAGGCAAGGACGCAGCAAAUGACGUGGAUAAAGUCUUCAAAUAUUUGUGCUCUAUGGAGAACGAUGUUGUACGACCGCGAACAAUCUCUAUUAGAGGACGCAACGUCAGUUUUUGCAAAACUUGCGGCCAAGUGCUCGACUCUACGUUCGAGGAAUUGUGCGACAGGCCUCUUGGAGCGAGCGAUUAUCUGCAGUUGAGUCAAAUAUUUCACACAGUAAUCAUAAGAGAUAUGCCGCAGCUGAACUUACGACUCAAAUCUCAAGCCAGGAGAUUUAUCACGCUUAUUGAUACGUUGUAUGAUAACAGAGUACGAGUAGUUAUGUCGGCGACUGUACCACAUACGCAACUAUUUUUGCCAGAAGCCGAGUCCGAAUACACUGACGAGAAGAGGAUGCUGAUGGAUGAUUUAAAGAUCUCUCAUGGUUCAGAGGAUCACAAGGCAAAUAUUUUCACUGGAGAAGAAGAACUGUUCGCAUUCGAUCGUACAGUGUCGCGUUUGGCCGAGAUGCAGACUUCACAGUAUUGGGAACAAUGGGAGCACCAUAGAUAAUGACAUCUUUAAAUAGAUUUAUACAUAGACAUUAGAUGUGAAUUUAUUUCGCACGUAACGUACAAGUAUUGACGAUGUGAUUUUUACAACAAGAUCUCACAUACAGUUAUUAAAAUCUCCGUCAGGUGUGUUUCAUCUUGUCAACGGUUCCACUCAGAGUAUAAAACGUUUCAUAUUUCGUCAGUAUUUUAUUUUCUUCAUAGAUUAUUUUUUGGAAGUAGUUGAGGCUUAAUAUUAAGUUACUCCUAUUUAUUAGAUUAAAAUUAUAGACACCAAUUUCUAACAUAAAUGUAUGUACUUAUGUAUAUAUGUAAAGUUCUAAUUACGUGAAAUUUCUUGCAUCUGUCUGUCCUUCACUUCUUGGUUGAAUAAAUAAUUAAUGUUGA